AUGGCCGAAAAUUUACAACCUAUUGCCAUAAUUGGCCUAGCGUUCAAAUUUCCCCAGGACGCGACAUCCGAGGCUGCCUUUUGGCAGAUGUUAUGCGAGGGAAGAUCAGCCAGCACAGAAUUUCCACGAGAUCGGCUGAACAUUGAUGCCUAUUACCAUCCGGAUGAGGCUCGUCCAAGCACAAUACCGUUGCGUGGUGGAAACUUCAUUAAUGAGGAUUUGAGCAAGUUCGAUGCUCCGUUCUUCUCGAUUACCCCGGGCGAAGCAGCAUGUAUGGACCCUCAACACCGACUUAUGCUUGAAACGACGUAUCAUGCGCUGGAAGAUGCGGGUAUCCCAAUCCCGCAUUGUAGUGGCUCCGACACGUCAGUCUAUACCGGAUGUUUCACUAAUGAUUACCUAAGCAUACUCCAGCAAGACUAUGAAGCCGAACAGCGUCAUGCAGCUAUGGGUAUUGCCCCGUCAAUGCUUGCAAACCGGUUGAGCUGGUUUUAUGAUCUCAAGGGCACAUCGAUGAACAUAGACUCGGCAUGCUCUAGUAGUCUCGUCGCACUCCAUCUUGCGUGUCAAGACUUGCGAUUGGGAACCUCAUCAAUGAGUCUGGUUGGCGGCGCGAACCUCGUUUACCACCCUAAUUUUAUGAAGAUGAUGUCCGACUUCAACUUCCUCUCAAAAGACAGCCGUUGUUGGAGUUUUGACAAAAAAGCCAAUGGUUAUGCCCGCGGGGAAGGGUUCGCCAUGCUCGUACUCAAACGCCUCCCCGACGCGUUAAGAGAUGGAGACACAAUUCGCGCUGUGGUGCGAAACACCGGAUCGAACCAGGAUGGUAGAACACCAGGUAUCACUCAGCCGAGCCGAGAUGCUCAAGUAGAUCUGAUCCGAAGGACCUACAAGCAGGGAAACAUCGAGAUGGAGCCAACGCGAUACUUUGAGGCUCACGGAACAGGCACCCCUAUUGGAGAUCCAGUUGAGGCAAACGCCAUCGGGAUUGCUUUCAAACAACAUCGUACAUCGGAUGAUCCUCUCUACAUUGGCGCAGUCAAAGCCAACAUCGGGCAUCUUGAAGGAGCUAGUGGUUUGGCUGGCAUCGUGAAGACAAUCAUGGUCCUCGAAAAUGGUGUAAUUCCACCAAUUGCAGGCUUCGAAAGAUUAAACGAUCAGGUGGACCCUGGAGCUCUACAUCUACUCUUUCCCAAGACGGCCACGCCAUGGCCAACGUCCGGUCUACGAAGAGCAUGUAUCAACUCAUUUGGCUUUGGAGGCACGAAUGCCACUGCUAUACUAGACGAUGCGUGUCAUUUUCUCGAGCAACAUGGCUUGAGUGGCCACCACCGGACUCAUCGCAACCCACGGAAAGAGAUGACAAACGGAGAUCAGGCGAAGUAUGUGAAUGGUGGUACAGGGGAGCUAAGCGAUAGACCUCGACUUCUCACCUGGUCGGCUCCAGAAAAGAGCGCUCUGGGUGUCGCGGCAAGUUCACAUUUGCAGUACCUAGAUCAACAUCCAGAGAAGACCCAGGCUGUGGUAUACACGCUUUCUGCUAGAAGAAGCAACUUCAUGUAUCGAUGCUUCAGUGUUGUACCACACCCUACGUCGAUCAAUAUCAGCAGCGUAACCAUUUCGGCCCCAGUCAAGAUCAACCCACAUCCACGAUCGGCAUUCAUCUUCACAGGACAAGGUGCGCAGUACCUAGGCAUGGGCCAAGAGCUACUCGAAUAUCACAUAUACAGAGCCAGUCUGGAGGCAUCACAACAAUGCCUGGCCGCACUCGGUUGUCAGUGGUCAAUCUCCAGCGUCAUCAAAGGAGAGCAACCCGAAUUAGAUAUCAGUUCUCCUGAGUACAGCCAGCCAUUGAGCACAAUUCUUCAGCUGGGUCUUGUCGAUCUUCUGGAAAGUCUGAAUGUCGCACCGACCGUGGUCAUCGGACACUCGUCUGGCGAGAUCGCCGCAGCAUACGCAGCAGGUGCUCUCACACGGAAAUCUGCCAUGAAGAUCGCCUAUCAUCGGGGAGUGUUGUCGUCACAGCUUGCACGGAAUACCAGCCAGGAGUUAUCCAUGAUGGCAGUUGCACUGCCACGGAGUGACAUCUUACCAUACUUUGCCCGUCUAAAGACACUGCAAGGUCGUCUCGAUGUCGCCAUUGGAUGUUCAAAUAGUCCAAAGAGCUUAACCCUGACCGGAGAUCUACAUCAACUUACCAUUCUUGAACGGUGGUUCAAGGGAGAUUCUAUCUUCGCAAGAAGACUUCGGGUUCCGAUGGCUUAUCACUCCCGGUUUAUGGAAAGCAUUGCUCAAGAUUAUGCCAAAGCAAUACAAGACUUGGAACCCAGAGUCGCCAGACCUCGAGUUCCAAUGAUAUCGUCCGUAACAGGGGAUAUUGUCACUGCUGGCACACUAAACACUGCAGCGUACUGGGUUCAGAAUCUCACAUCGACAGUCGAAUUUACGGCAGCAUUGCAGAAGCUUUUAGCUCAAUCGCGGGUCAAACCGCGGAAGAAGCUCGGAGGAAAUUUCUCACCAGAACUUCGGAUCAGUCAUAUAUUGGAAGUCGGACCACACAGUGCAUUGCAAGCUCCGAUACGUGAAGUCUUGCAGGGUUCAUCGAAUACCGCGAAGCCGACUUAUGCCACGUCACUCAUGCGAGGACGGGAUGCAUGCGAGAUGCUCCUGAAUGCCCUUGGAGGCCUUUACUGUGCAGGCCAUCCAGUGGAUCUUCUGGCCGCAAACCAACUCGGGAAAAACAGCUUAACCUUACCUCCUGAUCUUCCAAAAUAUCCAUUCAACCACACGCGGUCGUAUUGGCGAGAAAGCCGACUAAGUCGCAACAUGCGGUUUCCCCAGCGAGCUCGACACAACUUACUGGGAACUCGUAGCCUCGACUGGAACAAUCAUAUCGCGCAGUGGCGUAAUACGAUACGCUUAGCGGAAGUACAGUGGCUAGAGGAUCACCGCAUCAAUGGAGAUGUAAUCUUUCCCGCCGCGGCAAUGCUCGUCAUGGCUAUGGAAGCUCUGGCUCAACUACUCGAGGACGACACUUUGCAUGUCGCACAUGGUAUGCACCUAUCCAACAUAAAGUUUUGGUACCCAAUUGCAUUCUUGCUUGGGCAAGAGAGCGCAGAAGUUCAAACAACGCUAGAGAGAGAUACUCACGGUGGUUCUCAAUAUCAAUUCCAGCUCUUCGUUAUUGAGAAUGACAAGUAUGUUCAAUGCUGCAGCGCGCAGAUUCGGCCAUUGUUUGAAAAGCAUGAUUCAUUAGACGCGGUAUAUGGCGCUACAUUCCUCCAAGGAGAAUCCUGUCGCAACUGGUUGGAGACUAUCCGGAGCAGCACGAAUGAGCACGCCAAGACAGAUCCCUAUGCUUUGUCAACUGGAAGCAAAGUGGAGUAUGGGCCAGCAUUCCGAAAUCUGAAGCACCUGCGACUAGGGCAGAAUGGAGUAGCAAGCGCAGAUCUGGAUCCUGAGACCUGGAGAUUGAAGAAGACGAGUUGGCCAAGCCAGGAAUACCUCUUACACCCCACCGUGCUAGAUGGCCUUGCACAAGUCCUCGUCCCUGCUCUUCAUCAAGAAAAGCCAGGAGACCUUGCCACAAUGGUGCCCUCAAGCAUAUCAAACAUCUGGCUCAAUUUCGAUCGCAGCUCACACUGUGAAGGUCGAGUUCGUGUGGCGGCAAAGUGCAAGCUUCGCGGACACCGUGGAGCUUCAGCGGAUGUAGUUGCCAUGUCGCCUGGCUUGGACACUCCUCUCGUCGUGCUACAGGAGCUGAGGACCACAUUCAUCGGUAGUCAUGAUGAACAUGAGGUCGAUGAAAAACCACGUCACCUAUGCACCAGACUGACUUGGAAGCCUGACAUCGAUAUGAUGAGUAGCCAGCAAAUAUUCCAACACUGCUCCGUCAAUCGACCGAAGCAAGCAGAAAACGCAGUCCAGUCAUACAAAUCUUUGAUGACUGCGAUCCUGUGUUUUGUAGUCGAGGCAGUCCAGUUUCUUGAUAAGAGGCCGUGUCUGAGUUUACCCCAACAUCUGGAAUCCUACGUCUUGUGGUUGCGAUAUCAGAAGAACCGUAUGUGCAACGGCGAAUCGCCCGUCAGUCAUCAAGAGGUCCUAAGCUUCCUUCAGGAUUCCGAUGCUCGCAAUGAACUCAUCCAGCGUGUUGAAGCUUCCGGUGUUGACGGUCACUUCUUCAUGCAUCUGGGCAAGCACAUCCUUCCCAUUUUGGAGGGCACGGCUGAUCCACUAGAGCUCAUGUUCGGAGAUGGGCUUGCUGACCGAUAUUACGAAACCAUGCUUGCAAACGAGCAUCACGCUCAUCCUGCAUCUGCUUACAUCGACCUUGCCUGUUUCAAAAACCCUUUCAUGAAGAUUCUUGAGGUCGGCGCUGGUACCGGCGGUCAGACUCUUCGUCUUCUGGAACGAAUGAGCGCUGGAGGUGUAAAGAGAUGGGAAAGAUACGAUUACACUGAUGUCUCACCUGGCUUCUUCGAGGCGGCCCAAGAAAAGUUCAAAGACUACAUUGACCGUAUGCGAUUCCGAGUUUGCGACAUUUCCAAAGACCCAGUAUCACAGGGAUUGGAGGCUGGAACUAAUGACAUCGUUAUCGCAUCGCAUGUUUUGCAUGCUACAGAUGAUCUUCAGCAGUCACUGCGCAACGUACGAAAGCUUCUCAAACCUAAUGGGAAGUUACUGUUGUUCGAAACCACGGUUCCGGACGCGAUACCCAUAGGUUUUGCCUUUGGUCUGCUCAAAGGCUGGUGGAAUCCGCUCAACCAUGAGAACCGGUCAACACUGAGUCCGUGCUUGACGACAAAAGCGUGGCAUAAUAGUCUUCAAUCUGCCGGUUUCUCGGGUGUCGACGUGGAACUUCCGGGUCAGGAGGAGCUUGAAUGUCGCUAUAGCAGCAUCAUUGUCUCUACCGCUGUGGAAAGGAGUCUCGACUCUGCCGCGCUCAACAACAACUCGGCUCACAGCAUUGCAGUGAUUGCAGAUCCUUGUACCACAACGCAAGAUGCAGAUGCUAGGGCGAUACAGGCAGGAUUACACAGACUAAGCUUUCCUUGCGAGAUUACUAAGCUCGAAGAAUUUGCUGCAGGUGGCAGUGCGCCACCCAAGCUCGUCAUAUCCCUUCUAGAAAUGGACAAGCCAUUCCUAGACGACAUUUCCGAAGUCAAUUUCACUAACAUUCAAAAGACUCUGCUCCGAAGCCGCUCAGUACUGUGGAUCACAAGAGACAAAGACGACUGGUCUGAGCCGCGACACCAUCUUAUCGACGGCGUCGGAAGGGUUCUGAUGUCAGAAGACGCGACACGUAAAUUCGCAAAGUUAUCUAUUGACGGUCAUGGUCCAUUACACACAACAAUGGUGGAUACGAUACUUGGUCUCGUUGUGUCAAUGGCAACAUUACCCGUCGAACAGCUGGAGAAUAAUUAUACUGCAAAGAAUAACUCCCUCCACAUCAGCCGUGUAACAGAAUACGCAAGCAUGAACGAAAGAGUUGCGAAAGCCAUCUUGCCGCAACAGCGGAUCCACGAGCAGCUUAAUGACAUACAGACGGUCGCUUUGGGUAUCGAACAAGUCGGCCAUCUAGAGUCUAUUGGAUGGUUUGGGUACUACGGGCUCAAGCCAGCAUCACAGCUCGAUGACGAUGAAGUACUGAUAGAAGUCCGGGCCAUCGGGCUGACCAAUCACGAUACCCACGUUGCUUCUGGUAACGUAGACGAGACGACUUUCGGCAUCGAAUGCGCAGGAAUCGUUAUCGAGGCAGGAUGCACAUCUGGAUUUUGUCUAGGACAACGAGUCUGUGCCCUACACAACUGUAGUGGCCAGUCCCGUAUCUGCAUACCAUCCAGCGCAGUAAUACCCAUUCCAAAUGACAUGAGCUUCGCAGUCGCCGCCUCGUUGCCUACGGCCUUGUGGUUGGCGUACCAUGCACUAGUCCGCAUUGCUCAUGUUGAAGAGGGAGAAACAGUUCUCGUUCAUCACGGACAUAGUUGCGUCGGUCAAACGGUAGUUCAGAUUGCCAAGACAUUGGGUGCGAAUGUCCUUGUCACAACAAAUUCUGAGACCAAAAGUCUGUUUCUGCAACAAAAACUUGGGUUUGCAGAGUCAAAAGUAUUGGUAGUGGAGCACUCUUCGAUUUUGAAGGAAGUCUACCAGGCUACGAAUGGUCGGAAGCCUGAUGUAGUGAUAGGUGCUCUGUCAGAGGAGCUCAUGGAAGAGAUGGCUGGGCAUAUGGCGCCUUUUGGUCGUAUGAUCAACGUCGAAUCACUGAACAGUAGGGCGCAUGUCCAACGUGGAUAUCAUGCCAACAACGUGGUUAUGGCUACUGUGAAUUUGAUGGACCUUCUCCGGGAAGACUUCCAAAGAGUAACAAAGACCUUUCAAGCUGCAAUGAAGCUAGCUUUUCAGAUGUACAUCCAGCCGCCGGGACCGCUCCAUCUUUUCGACGCUUCAGUCCCUGCGAAUGCCUUCUUGCACUUUUCAGAACCGGAAACAUUCGGCAAGCGAGUUAUUGAACUGAAUCCGCAGUCAAGGAUCCCUGCAACUAUUUCGUCAAAACCCCGAUAUCUGUUUCCAGCAGAUGCGACGUAUGUCAUUGCCGGUGGACUAGGCGGCCUAGGUCGAAGUUUUGCGCGUUGGAUGGUCAACCGCGGCGCACGAAAUCUGAUUCUGCUUUCGAGAUCCGGAGCCAAAUCUGAGGCAGCGAAGCAUCUGGUAGAAGAAUUACAGGGACAAGGCGUUCGUGUUUUGACACCUGCCGUUGACAUUGGUCUCUUGAGUAAUCUAAGAGACGUGUUUUGUGCAGCAACAGAGGGCCUACCUCCGAUCCGUGGUUGUAUUCAGGCUACAGUGGCGCUGAGGGACAAUCUGUUCGAGAACAUGACAUACGAAGAUUGGAAAAUUAGUACCCAGUCAAAAGUCUCGGGCUCAUGGAACCUUCACGCAACUCUACCUGCCGGACUGGACUUCUUCAUCCUCCUCUCGUCCAUCAACGGCGUAUUCGGCGGUCGCGCGCAGGCAAACUACGCCGCAGGAAAUACCUACAAAGACGCCUUGGCACACUAUCGCAUUGAACAGGGAGAGAAGGCCAUAUCCAUCGAUCUCGGGCUCAUGGUGAAUGAAGGUGUGGUUGCUGAGAACGAGCAUCUUCUUAGCUCCAUGCGUCGCAUCGGGCACCUCAUGGACAUACGGCAGGAAGAGCUCAUCGCUUUGCUCGACAUAUAUUGCGAUGCCAACCACCCAGCACCAUCGCAUUCCGAAGCACAAGUCCUCGUUGGCGUAGAACUGCCCGCUGAUGUCCUUGAGAAAGGCAUCGACUUGCAUCACUCCAUCCAGCGUCCAUUAUUCCGCCACCUCUUCCAGAUGACCUCUGCACCUAGCACAAAACCCCAAACAGCGUCUUCAAGCGGUCCUAUCAAUCGUGCCACUGCGCUCAAGGAGUCGAAAAACCUCGACGAAGCGGCCGAACAGGUUACAGAAUGGUUCUCAGCAAAGGUUGCGCAGGUACUUGGUGUGCGCGUGGAAGACAUUGACAGGGCGAAGCCUGUGAACGUAUACGGCAUAGACUCACUCGUGGCAAUCGAUCUGAAGAAUUGGAUGCACCGUGAGAUUGGGGCAGAUGUUGAGGUGUUCAUACUGCUUGCGAAUGUGAGUCUACAAGAUCUUUGUAGGGAGGUAGUCAAAAAGAGUGGUUUUGUCAAGUGGGUGGAGUAGAUUAUGAGCCUUGGGAGGGGGAGGCGUCUGGAGCGGCCGCUCUCCAUGCGGAUUGUCUAGGCUAAGAUGAGCAUGUCUUGGUCGUGAUUGAAGAAACGGGGAGCCUAGAUAUUGACAGUUUUAUAUCCGAGUAUUGGCGUGAUAAAA